CUUGGUACUUAAAUCUUUUAGCGAGGGGCUUCUUUGGAAUUGGGGUCAUGGGAAGUGUUGUUUUGGUUUACGUUGUAGGGAAUAUCAGUGAGGCAAGAACAAGAACAACAAAUUGGUUUCAAAGCACAUUGAACUCAAGCCGCUUAGACAAUUAUUACUGGGUGUUGGCUACAUUAGCCGCUAUGAAUCUUGUUAUGUAUGUUGUCAUGGCAUUCUUGUAUACAUAUACGGAAUCAAGAGUGCAGAUGGUGGAAGGAACAAUUACGGUCAUUGAUCAUCAUCUUUGACAUUUUGCGCUUGUUUGAAUUAAAAUUUUGUAUUGUACGUAGUACAUGAAGGAAUUAUGUCCUUAGACAUUUCCGGCAAUUACUAAAUAUAAAUAGGAAUUAAUUAUGAAGAUAAUAAAUUAAUUAUUUUAGUAAUCAUAUUUGCUUGCUAGAGAAUAAAUGUGAUUAGUAGGACAAUAUUGAUUGGACCUACAACUAAAAUAUAUUAAUCCUAUAAGGUCACACAUAUAAGCACUAAUUGGAAUGGGCCCAAAAGGUCCUAUGGCAACCGGCCUGCUAAGAGAAAUAAGGUUGGGCUUUGUGUUAACUUAAAAGCCCUAAACAUUAUAAUAGUUAUAAUGUCAGGGAUUCAGUAACUACGUUGAUUGAAUAUCUGACACAAAAAGCAAACACAAAAACCCUAACUGUCAUUCUCUAAACGUCGUACAUCCCAAACAAAGCAAGAGACAGAUUGUGAUCGUUCUCUUCCGUACUAGCAUACGUGGGAUUCAAUUCGUGCUUGUGGACUGAGUAGAGGAGCAACAAGUGGGGCUCUAAGAUCUUCGAAGCUUGCAUACGAACGGGAGAACACGCUUCAAAGGUGAUUAUUCUUUCGACUUAAUCUGAUCUAUACUAUUGUUAUGCAUGAGAUCCUGUGAUAGAUGUUAGGAAAUUGUUUUCUGGCAGGGGUUCAGGGAGAGGAUUGUCAAGAACACUUUCUUUUCCUUCCGCUCUGAGAACAAUUCUCACAGCCAUUUGCCAUUGUAGGAAGUUGGUAGCAUUCAGUUUGUCUUUUUCAAUUAGAGGGCGCAAGUUAAAAGUAGAGUUGUUUGCACCAGACAUGAUAACUACAAUAAAAAGUAAAGCAAGAUUCAAUAUAAUGUUUAUCAAAAGUAGCAAUAAAACAAAUUCAAUUCACUACUACCAUUUAUUCAAAAUUAGAAGUCCCCAUUGAAUAAAAAAUUAACCAAGAUCCCCUCCCACUACAAUCAAACGGACUUAGGCCCUGCUACCACUAGUAGAAAAAACCCCUGUUGCAACCCCCUUGUUGCAGCGUACAUGUGUUAAUACGCUUCAACAACCAGUCGGUCAACGCGGGUCAAACCCUUUAAAGGGUUAUUGCAGCGUACAAUUUAAUUGUUCCCUGCAAAAAAGUUUGUUGCAGCGUACAUUUUAAAAGCCCGCUGCAAUAGCUCGUUUUUGUUGCAGCGUACUUGUUAAAGCCCCCUGCAAUAACCCGGGUAAAAAAAAUUUCGCUGCAAUAUUCGUUGAAACUAAUUCAAAACAAAUUAAGCAUCUCUCACUCUCAACUCCCUUCUUCUCCCUUAACUUUCCCUGCGUCAUCCCCUCAAAAAAAAACCCUUUCUCUUCGUCGGUGGUUCUAGCCUCCUCGCCAGAGGCCACCUAUUAGCUUGCUCGGCCGUUGGUUCCAAGGAAAAACUUAGCUUGCUCGCGCCGGUGGUUUCAAGAAAGAAAGUUGCUCGCGUCCUAUUUUCCGUCAACCUCUUCGCCGCGGCUACCUGUCCCCUCUUUUAGGUUUGCUCGAUUCGUUUACCUGAUUUUUGUUUUAAGAAUUAGGGUUUUAAAAAUCAGAUCCUAAAGUGACGCGCCAAAUUUAGAAGCGAGAGAGAAAGAGAUUUAAUGGAAAAGGGAAUUGGGGAAGAAAAGGGUUUGGGUUGGCGCAGAGAUGCCCAUCGUCUAACUCGAAUAAAUGCACAUGAAUUCGACACCGGGAAGAAAUCCAGGUACAGUUUUUAUCAUCAUUCUGCCUUUUGAUUUCGAUUCCAAUUUCACAACUAGGUUUUGGUAUUGUAGAUGUCGAGUUGCAAUUUCUAAUCAAUUGGAAUUGCGGAACUUGAUUUUGGUGGAUUCAUACAUUUAAUUUUUUUUGUUUGUUUGAGUCCUAUUCUUGAUGUGCGGAAAAGGAAGGCGGUUCGAUUGAGCAAAGAUGUCGACUCCAAACGUCGCCAAAUUAACAAUGGAUGUGGGAUUGGAUAAUGAAACAUGAGCCGGUGGUUUCAAGAAAGAAAGUUGCUCGCGUCCUAUUUUCCGUCAACCUCUUCGCCGCGGCUACCUGUCCCCUCUUUUAGGCUGUCGUUCAUAGAGCUAAGAACUCAAAAUAUUCAGCUGAUGAGGAUAUGGAGGAGACAGAUGUUAAAGAUCCAAAUUUAAAGCAAUCUCUGGAGUCUGCUACUUCUCAGAUUAGCCAGCUAGCUCUUUCUAAUAGUCCUACUGGUGUUGCCAAUCUUGCAGCUGUUUUUCUGUUCCCGCUUUUCAUAAAUUAUUUUCAGAUGGGUGUCACUGGAGCAGCCACUGCCACUGUUGUGUCUCAAUACAUAGGUAGCUUCUUGAUGAUUUGGUUUCUUAGCAAGAGAGUAAUAUUAUUACCUCCAAAAUUUGGAGAUCUGAAGUUUGGGGUCUAUUUAAAAUCUGGUGGAUUUCUGAUUGGAAGAACUGUGGCUGUUUUGAUAACUAUGACGAUUGGGACCUCGAUGGCUGCUCGUCAAGGUCCUCUAGCUAUGGCUGCUCAUCAAAUCUGUAUGCAAGUGUGGUUGGCUGUCUCUCUUUUAACUGAUGGAUUGGCCGCAUCUGGUCAGGUCUACACUCCGAGGAAUGCGCCUAUACUAGUGAGGAAAUUGAUGUGGUUCGUGAGCAACGGGCUAAGUGUUUUACCCGCAAGUAUUUACUAUUGGCUUGAGCGCGCUUGAUCGAGGUGGUUUAGUUGUUAUAGAACAAUCGUUUCCAUUAAAAUGUAUGCGUACAUUGAAAUUGUAACGUAUAUUUGAAUGUAGUACGUGCACUUUGGUUUUGGGAUAUAUAUAUAUGUA